GAAUUUCAACAUGCUGGACACCACAGAGGUAGGCCUGCUUAAAAGUGUGGAGCAGCUGCUGUCUGAGAUCUUCAUACCCAGCCUGAAGAAGAUGGACCAUGGCUGGGGAGAGCUGGCCAGCCCACAGGCCCAGUCAGUUAAACAGCACUUCAUCAGCUCACUGGACAGCUUUGUCUCUGUGCUGGCCGGGGCACAGGAGAGCCUGCAGGAGAAGGUGAAUCUAAAAGUGUGUGACGAAUUUGACCUGAAGACACUGAAAGGCCCGUCUGACUACAUUGCUGUGGCUAACAGCGCAGAGGCAACAGAGAAGAUAGAGGCCUGUAUGAAAGUGUGGAUCAAACAGAUUGAACAGGUGCUGGCGGAGAGUGACCAGCUGAGGAAGGAGGCAGAUAACCUGGGGCCGCGGGCCGAACUGGACCACUGGAAGAAACGUAUGUCCCGCUUCAACUACCUCCUGGACCAGCUGAAGAGCCCCGAUGUCAAAUCUGUCCUGGGCGUUCUCAUGAUGGCCAAGUCAAAACUCAUCAAGUCCUGGCGAGAGCUGGACACCAGGAUCACUGACUCAGCCAACGAGGCCAAGGACAAUGUGAAGUACCUCUACACUCUGGAGAAGUUCUGUGACCCGCUCUACAACAGUGACCCUGUGUCGAUGGUAGAGGCCAUUCCAGGCCUGAUCAACGCCAUCCGGAUGAUCCACAGGAUUUCCCGCUACUACAACACCUCAGAGAAGAUCACCUCCCUGUUUGUCAAGGUUACCAACCAGAUGAUUACAGCAUGUAAGACUUACAUCACCAACAACGGGUCUGCGUCCAUAUGGGACCAGCCUCAGGGUGUUGUAGCUGAGAAACUGAAAGCUGCUAUCCACCUAAACCAGGAGUACCAGAAGUGCUUCCACAAGACCAAGAAGAAGCUGGAGCAGAGUCUGUCCGAGAGGCAGUUUGAUUUCAGUGAGAUGUACAUCUUUGGGAAGUUUGAGACGUUCCAACGACGCCUCUACAAGAUCCUCAACAUGUUCAGCACCAUCACUACCUAUUCAGCCCUACAGGACUCCAAGAUAGAAGGCCUGGAAACUAUGGCAACCACGUUUCAGAGCAUUGUAUUGAGCAUGAAGAAAAAGCACUACAGUUUCCUUGAUCAGAGAAGAACAGACUUCGAUCAGGACUAUGAUGAGUUUUGUAAAAAUACCGCUGCCUUGCAUAAUCAGCUGAAGACCUUCAUGGAUAACACAUUCGAUAACAUUCAAAACACAGAGAGGGCUUUGAAUGUACUGAAGAAAUGUGAAAGACUGGGCAUCCCAGACCUGGGCAUCGAUGAGAAGUACCAGCAGAUCCUUCAGAACUAUGGGAGAGACAUAGAGAUGGUGUCCCGUAACUACACCAAGCAGAAGAUGGAUCCCCCCAUUGGCCGGGACCUGCCCCCGGUAGCCGGUAAGAUCCUGUGGGCCCGCCAGCUGUACCGGAGGAUCCAGGAACCCAUGGAUCUGUUUCAGGAAUCCCCUGGGGUGCUGGCUACACCCGAGGCCAAACGCAUCAUCAGGAACUACAACAGGGUGGCCAGGGUGCUGCUAGAGUUUGAGAUGCUCUACCACAGUGGAUGGAUGAAGCAGAUCGAGGAGGUCAGACUGGGCCUCCAGGCCUCUUUGCUGGUCAAAUGUCCCGAUACGGGGGACCUGUUUGUCAACUUUGACCCUCAGAUCCUGACUCAGAUUAGGGAGACAGACUGCAUGACCAGGAUGAGGCUGGAGAUUCCUCCCUUUGCAGCCAUCUUACAGCAGAAACAAGAUGCCCUCAAGAAGAACUACAACAAGCUGCAGCUGGUUCUGACGGAGAACGCCAGGGUCCGGGCUAAGAUCCAGAGUGCCUUUGGGCAACUGGUGAUGCCUCAUGUUGCUAAGGUAGACAAAGCUAUUCUGCCAGGCCUGACCUCCCUCAACUGGACCUCACUGAACAUCGAGAAAUACCUCAGCCGCAUCAACAGUGCUCUCACGGACCUGGAGCUGCUAAUGGACAGAGUGAAUGACCUGGUGGAGUUCAGAAUAGACGCUGUGCUGCAGGAGAUGAGUGGAGCCACACUGUGGGUUCUGCCCCUGGAGGAACCUUUCAGCUGUGAAGAGUUCGUUCAGACCACCAGGGAGCUGUGUAUAAAGGGAGCUCAGAGUCUCCAUGCCAAGAGUUCCCUGGUGGAGGAGGCAACCAACGAACUCAUCAACAUGCUGCUGGAGUUUGAGCUGAACAAGGAGGGGGACGAGGAACUGCUAGUGGAGAGCAGGACUGAUAUGGACCUAGUGGAGAGUGAAGGGGAGGAGGGUAAGUCAGAGGGUCGCAUCAACCUGCUGUCUCGUAACACCAUGGCAGCGAGCACCACAGGCCCCCCAUCUCCCCUGGUGAAGAGGAAGAAGAAGAAAAACCUGCUGGAGGUGAUGGAGGAGGAGGCUGAAGAGCUUCUGUCCCACUUCAACCACCGUAACGUGGACGCCCUGCUGAGGCUCACACGCAACACCCUGGAGACCCUCCGCAAACGCCUCCACGCCUCCUCACUACUGCACUUCCUGAGUAAGUUCCAUCAAUCUAAUGUAUUUAUAAAGACCAGUGUGACCCUGUCCAUCCCCAACAUCACCAUGGUCCCAGCCCUGGAUGAGGUCCAGCAGGCUCUGAACCGGGCUGUGGAGAGUGUGGUCAGUGUUAGCAAAGGAGUCGGCCAGUGGAGCAAGGAGAGGAUCUCCAAGGUGGGCUUGAGCCUGGCUGAUGGCAGUACCUCAGACAUCUCCGCCUCUGUGACCCAGGCCAUACCCUACCAGGCCAGGAACUACUACAAGAGUGUGUCUGAGAACAAGGAGAUCAUCAAGCUGGUGUCUGUGCUCAGCACCUCCAUCAACUCUACCAAGAAGGAUGUGGUGAAUGCUCUGGACCGCUUCAGUCGUUACCACCACAUCUGGAGGAAGGAGCGAGAGGACACCAUCCAGAAGUUCAGCCAGGGCAGCCCUCUGCUGUCUGAGUUUGAGUCUCAGAUCCUCUACUACAAAGACCUGGAGCUGGAGAUCAACGCUGAGCCUGAGUACAUCACUGUGGGAGCUCUGGCCCUCUAUACAGCUGACCUGAAGAUGGCCCUGACUGCGGAGACUAAGAGCUGGAUGGUGGACUAUGGCCUGCACUGUAACAGGAAGUACCGGACAGAUAUGGAGAACAUCUUCACGUUAGUGGAUGAGGCGGCAAAGAAACUGAACCGACCAAUCAAAGACUUGGAUGACAUCCGCAUCGCCAUGGCAUCGCUGAAGGAGAUCAGAGAGCAGCAGAUCUCCAUUGACUUCCAUGUGGGACCCAUAGAGGAGUCCUAUGCCAUGCUCCAUAAGUACGGCCUGGUAGUGGCGAAGGAGGAGGCAGAGAAGGUGGACACGCUGCGCUACACCUGGGAGAAGCUGCUAGCCCGCAGCACAGAGGUCCAGAAUAAGCUGGUGUCCUUGCAGCCCAACUUCAGAGGAGAGCUCAUAGACAAUGUGCAGACGUUUGUGGAGGACUGUGGACACUUCUAUCAGGACUAUGACAAGGACGGUCCCAUGGUUGUCGGACUGGCUCCCCAAGACGCGAGUGACAGUCUCAUCAUGUUUCAGAAUCGCUUUGACAACCUGUUCCGUAAGUACAUCACCUACACUGGUGGAGAGGAGCUGUUUGGCCUGCCUGUGACCCAACACCCUCAGCUGCUGGAGAUCAGGAGACAGCUCACCCUCCUCCAGAAGCUCUAUGGACUCUACAACAGUGUCAUCGACACCGUCAACGGCUACUAUGACAUCCUCUGGGCCGACAUCCACAUAGACAAGAUCAAUGACGAACUUCUUGACUUCCAGACGCGUUGUCGCAAGCUGCCCCGUGCCCUGAAAGAGUGGAAGGCAUUCCUUGACCUGAAGAAAAGUAUAGAUGAGUUCAACGAGUGUUGCCCCCUACUAGAACUGAUGACCAACAAGGCCAUGAUGACGCGUCACUGGAAGAGAAUCGCCGAGGUGACAGGACACAGCUUCGAGGUGGAGACGGACACUUUCAAGCUGCGCAACAUCAUGGAAGCUCCGCUCCUCAAAUGCAAAGAGGAAAUUGAGGAUAUUUGCAUCAGUGCGGUGAAGGAGAGGGACAUUGAGCAGAAGCUGAAGCAGGUGAUUGCUGAGUGGGACAACAAGACGUUCACCUUGGCCAACUUCAAGACGCGAGGGGAGCUGCUGCUGAGGGGUGACAGCACCGCUGAGAUCAUUACUAACAUGGAGGACAGCCUCAUGGUGCUGGGCUCACUCAUGAGCAACAGGUACAACACGCCAUUCAAGCCCCAGAUCCAGAAAUGGGUUCAGAACCUUUCCAAUACCACUGACAUCAUAGAGAACUGGAUGACUGUCCAGAACCUGUGGAUCUACCUUGAGGCUGUGUUCGUGGGAGGGGACAUAGCCAAACAGCUACCCAAGGAGGCGAAACGCUUCUCCAACAUCGACAAGUCCUGGGUGAAGAUCAUGACGCGGGUCCAUGAGAUGCCCAACGUGGUGCAGUCAUGUGUGGGGGACGAGACCAUGGGACAGCUGUUGCCUCACCUGCUGGAACAACUGGAGAUCUGUCAGAAGUCUCUUACUGGGUACUUGGAGAAGAAGCGUCUGCUGUUCCCUCGGUUCUUCUUUGUGUCUGACCCGGCCCUGCUGGAGAUACUGGGCCAAGCCUCGGACUCCCACACCAUCCAGGCCCACCUGCUCAACGUCUUUGACAAUAUUAAAUGUGUCCGCUUCCAUGACAAGAUGUACGACCGGAUCCUGGCCAUCUCGUCCAGGGAGGGGGAGACGGUAGAGCUGGAUUGGCCGGUGACUGCUGAGGGGAACGUGGAGGUCUGGCUCAACGCCCUGCUGAAGGAAUCCCAGAGGUCUCUUCACCUGGUCAUCAGACAGGCUGUCCUGGCCAUCCAGGACUCAGGCUUCCAGCUCAUUGAGUUCCUGGACACUUUCCCUGCUCAGGUUGGUUUGCUGGGAGUCCAGAUGAUCUGGACCAGAAACUCAGAGGAGGCCCUGACCAACGCCCGCUACGACCGUAAGAUCAUGCCCAAGACCAACCAGUUCUUCCUGGAGCUUCUCAACACCCUGAUAGACAUGACCACUGAAGACCUGGCCUCAAUGGAGCGGGCCAAGUAUGAGACACUCAUAACCAUCCAUGUUCACCAGAGGGACAUCUUUGAUGACCUGUGUCGGCUGCAUAUCAAAAGCCCUACAGACUUUGAGUGGCUGAAGCAGUGUCGUUUCUACUUCAAUGAGGACUCUGACAAGAUGAUCAUCAACAUGACUGACGUAGGCUUCAUCUAUCAGAAUGAGUUCCUGGGCUGCACUGACAGACUGGUCAUCACCCCUCUCACUGACAGGUGUUACAUCACACUGGCCCAGGCUCUGGGGAUGAGUAUGGGAGGAGCCCCGGCCGGACCUGCAGGGACAGGGAAGACUGAGACCACUAAAGACAUGGGCCGCUGCCUGGGGAAGUACGUGGUGGUCUUCAACUGCUCCGACCAGAUGGACUUCAGAGGACUGGGGAGGAUCUUUAAAGGUCUAGCCCAGUCGGGCUCUUGGGGCUGUUUUGAUGAGUUCAACCGUAUUGACCUAUCAGUGCUCUCCGUGGCGGCCCAGCAGAUCGCCAUCGUGCUUACCUGCAAGAAGGAGCGUCGCAAGAACUUCAUCUUCACCGACGGAGACAACGUGGAAAUGAAUCCCGAAUUCGGCAUCUUCCUGACUAUGAACCCGGGCUACGCAGGUCGUCAGGAGCUUCCAGAGAACCUGAAGGUCAACUUCCGCUCGGUGGCCAUGAUGGUCCCAGACCGUCAGAUCAUCAUCCGGGUCAAGCUGGCCAGCUGUGGCUUCAUAGACAACAUAGAGCUAGCCAGGAAGUUCUUCACUCUCUACAAACUGUGUGAGGAGCAACUCUCCAAGCAGGUGCAUUAUGACUUUGGACUGCGAAACAUUUUGUCAGUUCUGCGAAUACUGGGGGCGGUGAAACGAGCAAACCCCAAUGACACAGAAUCUACCAUCGUCAUGAGGGUUCUCAGAGAUAUGAACCUGUCCAAGCUGAUAGAUGAAGACGAGCCGUUGUUCCUCAGCCUGAUAGAGGACCUCUUCCCUGGGAUCCAGCUGGAUAAAGCAGGCUUCUCAGAGCUGGAGACAGCUAUCGACAAACAGGUGGAGGAGUCCGGUCUGAUCAGCCACCCUCCAUGGAAGCUGAAGGUGAUUCAGCUGUUUGAGACCCAGAGGGUCCGCCAUGGCGUUAUGGCCCUGGGGCCCAGCGGAGCAGGAAAAACCACCUGCAUUCACACCCUGAUGAGAGCCAUGACAGACUGCGGUCAGCCACACAGAGAGAUGCGUAUGAACCCCAAAGCGAUCACUGCCCCUCAGAUGUUUGGCCGUCUAGAUGUAGCUACCAAUGACUGGACUGACGGCAUCUUCUCUACCCUGUGGAGGAAGACCCUGAGAGCCAAGAAAGGGGAGCACAUCUGGAUAGUACUAGAUGGACCAGUAGAUGCUAUCUGGAUAGAGAACCUCAACUCUGUACUGGAUGACAACAGGACUCUGACCCUGGCCAAUGGAGACAGGAUCCCCAUGGCCCCCAACUGCAAGAUCGUGUUUGAGCCCCACAACAUCGACAACGCCUCGCCUGCCACCGUGUCUCGUAACGGAAUGGUGUUCAUGAGCUCUUCUGUGCUCGACUGGAGCCCCAUUCUGGAGGGCUGGCUGAAGAAGCGUUCCUGUCAGGAGGGAGAGGUGCUGAGAGAGCUGUUUUCCUCUUCCUUCCCAGAGCUCUACCGGUUCACUGUUCGCUGUCUGGAGUACAAGAUCGACAUGCUGGAGGCCUUCGUCAUCAUGCAGAGCAUCAACAUACUGCAGGGCCUCAUCCCCGCCAAGGAGCAGUGUGGGGAGGUGUCGAGGCAGCAUGUGGAGCGUCUCUAUGUGUUUGCUCUCAUGUGGAGCAUCGGAGCUUUACUGGAGCUGGAAGACAGGAGGAAGAUGGAGAGCUGGCUCCGUGGCAACGACAACAUCCAUCUGGACCUCCCAGAUAUACCAUCAGACAGCGAGGACACCAUGUUCGACUACCACAUCACUACAGGCGGUCAGUGGGUCCACUGGAACACACGGGUAGAGGAGUACAUCUACCCAUCAGACAUCACCCCAGAGUACGGAUCCAUCCUGGUCCCCAACGUGGACAAUGUCCGCACUGACUUCCUCAUCCAGACCAUCGCCAAACAGGGCAAGGCUGUGUUGUUGAUCGGAGAGCAAGGCACAGCCAAGACCGUCAUCAUCAAGGGAUACAUGUCAAAGUACGACCCCGAAACUCACAUGGCCAAGAGUCUCAACUUCUCCUCCGCCACAACUUCACUCAUGUUCCAGCGGACUGUGGAAAGCUUUGUGGACAAGCGGGUGGGCACCACCUACGGCCCUCCUGCAGGGAAGAAGAUGUCCGUCUUUGUGGACGACAUCAACAUGCCAGUCAUCAACGAAUGGGGAGAUCAGGUCACCAAUGAGAUAGUCCGCCAGCUGAUGGAACAGAGCGGGUUUUUCAAUCUGGAGAAGCCGGGGGAGUUCACCAAUAUAGUGGACAUCCAGUUCCUGGCAGCGAUGAUCCACCCAGGGGGAGGUCGCAACGACAUCCCCCAGAGACUGAAGAGGCAGUUCUCCAUCUUCAACUGCACCCUGCCCUCCAACACAUCCAUCGACAAGAUAUUUGGAGUCAUUGGGACAGGGCACUACUGUGCCUGGCGAGGCUUCACAGAAGAGGUGCGUGGAACUGUGGCCAAGCUGGUGCCGCUGACCCGUCGGCUGUGGCAAAUGACCAAGGUCAAGAUGCUGCCCACUCCGGCCAAGUUCCACUACAUCUUCAACCUCAGAGACUUGUCCAGAGUCUGGCAGGGCAUGCUCAACCCAACCGCUGAGUUGGUCAACUCUCUUACUGUGUUGCUUCAGCUGUGGAAGCAUGAGUGUAAGCGUGUGAUCGCGGACCGGUUCACCAUGCCAGAAGAUGUAGCCUGGUUCGACAGGGCCAUGGCCAAGCUAGUAGAGGUGGAGCUAGGAGAGGAAGAGAGGGCUGUGGUCGACUUCGGAGUAGACGGCUACUUUGUUGACUUCCUAAGGGAUGCUCCUGAAGCUACAGGUGAGGAGCCAGAGGAUACAGACUUUGAGAUGCCCAAGGUGUACGAGCCCAUCGAGUCGCUUGAGAGCCUGAUGGACAGGCUCAACAUGUUCCUUGGCCAGUACAACGAGAGCAUCAGAGGAGCUGGCAUGGACAUGGUGUUCUUCAGAGAUGCUAUGAUACACCUUGUCAAGAUCUCCAGGAUCAUCCGCACCCCCAGAGGGAAUGCCCUUCUAGUAGGAGUGGGGGGAUCAGGCAAGCAGAGCCUGACUAAACUGGCUUCCUUCAUCGCCGGAUACAAGACCUUUCAGAUCACACUAACACGUUCGUACAACACUGCUAACCUGAUGGAGGAUCUGAAGGGUCUGUACAGGACAGCAGGCCAGCAGGGAAAAGGCAUCAGCUUCAUCUUCACUGAUAACGAGAUCAAGGACGAGUCUUUCCUGGAGUACAUGAAUAAUGUGUUAUCAUCAGGAGAGGUGUCGAACUUGUUUGCUCGAGACGAAAUUGACGAGAUGUUCAGUGACCUCAUACCAGUCAUGAAAAGAGAGUUUCCUCGGCGACCACCGACCAAUGACAUUCUCCAUGACUACUUUAUGAGCAGGGUCAGACAGAACCUACACGUGGUUCUCUGCUUCUCUCCUGUUGGGGAAAAGUUCCGGAACAGAGCCCUGAAGUUCCCUGCCCUCAUCUCCGGCUGCACCAUGGACUGGUUCAGCCGCUGGCCCAAAGAUGCUCUGAUCGCAGUGUCAGAGCACUUCCUGUCCACCUAUGACAUCGACUGUUCGACCUUGGUGAAGGGGGAGGUGGUGCAGUGUAUGGGCUCCUUCCAGGACGGCGUGGCAGAGAAGUGUGUAGAUUACUUCCAGAGGUACCGCCGCGCCACGCACGUCACUCCCAAGUCCUACCUCUCCUUCAUCCAGGGAUACAAGACCAUCUAUAAGGAGAAGUACUCCGAGGUGCAGACGCUGGCACACAGAAUGAACACAGGUCUUCAGAAGCUGAAGGAGGCCUCUGUGUCUGUAGCAUUACUCAGCAACGAGCUGGAGGUCAAAGAGAAGGAGCUGCAAAUCGCCAACGAGAAGGCAGACAUGGUGUUGAAGGUGGUGACAGUGAAGGCCCAAGCAGCAGAGAAGGUCAAGGUGGAGGUCCAGAAGGUCAAGGAUAAAGCUCAAGCCAUAGUGGACAGCAUCUCUGCUGACAAGGCCUUCGCUGAGGAGAAGCUGGAGGCUGCCAAGCCAGCCCUGGAGGAGGCUGAGGGUGCACUACAGACCAUCAAGCCGUCGGACAUUGCCACGGUGCGGACCCUGGGUCGGCCUCCCCACCUCAUCAUGAGGAUCAUGGACUGUGUUCUGCUGCUGUUCCAGAGGAGGGUGAACACGGUGAAGAUCGACCCGGAGAAGAACUGCACCAUGCCCUCCUGGCAGGAGUCCCUCAAACUCAUGACUGCUGGGAACUUCCUGGGCAGUCUGCAGCAAUUCCCCAAAGACAGUAUCAAUGAGGAGAUGGUGGAGCUACUGCUGCCCUACUUCGACAUGCCAGACUACACCCUGGAGACGGCCAAGCGUGUGUGUGGAAACGUGGCUGGUCUGGCCUCCUGGACCAAAGCCAUGGCCUCCUUCUUCUCCAUCAACAAGGAGGUGCUCCCGUUAAAGGCUAACCUGGCAGUGCAGCAGAACCGGCUGGCCAUAGCCAACAUAGACCUGCAGGCGGCCCAGGCAGAGCUGGAUGACAAGCAGGCAGAGCUGGAUGUGGUCCAAGCAGAGUAUGAGAAGGCCAUGAUGGAGAAACAGACUCUGUUGGAGGAUGCUGAACGCUGCAGACACAAGAUGCAGACGGCCUCUAGCCUCAUCAGUGGUCUGGCUGGAGAGAAGGAGCGCUGGACAGAGCAGAGCAAAGGGUUUGCCGCCCAGACCAAGCGCCUUGUAGGUGACGUCUUAUUGGCCACAGCCUUUCUGUCCUACUCCGGCCCCUUCAACCAGGAGUUCCGGAACCUUCUCCUGACCGACUGGCAGAGGGAGAUGAAGAACAGACACAUCCCGUUCGGGAACAACCUCAACCUGACCGAGAUGCUGAUCGACGCACCUACGGUCAGCGAGUGGAACCUUCAGGGCCUGCCCAACAAUGACCUAUCCAUCCAGAACGGGAUCAUCAUCACCAAGGCCUCACGCUUCCCUCUCCUCAUAGACCCUCAGACCCAGGGCAAGAUCUGGAUAAAAAAGAAAGAAUCCAGGAAUGAGCUGCAGAUCACCUCCCUGAACCACAAGUACUUCAGGAACCACCUGGAGGACAGCCUGUCUCUGGGGCGCCCCCUACUGAUCGAGGACGUAGGGGAGGAGCUGGACCCUGCACUGGACAACAUACUGGAGAAAAACUUCAUUAAGACGGGCUCCACUUAUAAGGUGAAAGUGGGAGACAAGGAGGUGGAUGUGAUGAGGGGGUUCCGUCUUUAUGUGACCACUAAGCUCCCCAACCCUGCGUACACCCCAGAGAUCAGCGCCCGCACCUCCAUCAUAGACUUCACUGUCACCAUGAGGGGUCUGGAGGACCAGCUGCUGGGACGGGUCAUCCUCACUGAGAAACAGGAGUUGGAGAAGGAGCGCACAGACCUGUUGGAAGAUGUAACAGCCAACAAGAGGAAGAUGAAAGAGCUGGAGGACAACCUGCUGUAUCGUCUGACCUCUACCCAGGGUUCCCUGGUGGACGACGAGAGCCUCAUUAUCGUCCUGGGCAACACCAAGCGCACCGCCGAGGACGUCAUACAGAAACUACAGAUCUCAGCCGAGACCGAGAUCCAGAUCAACACCGCUAGAGAGGAGUACAGACCUGUGGCCACCAGAGGCAGCAUCCUGUACUUCCUCAUCACUGAGAUGUCCAUGGUUAACGUCAUGUACCAAACGUCACUACGACAGUUCUUGGGAAUCUUUGACCUUUCUCUGGCCAGAUCAACCAAAAGUCAAAUUACCAGCAAGCGAAUAGCGAACAUCAUUGAGCACAUGACCUUUGAGGUACACAAGUAUGCAGCCAGGGGUCUGUAUGAGGAGCACAAAUUCCUGUUUACCCUCCUGCUGACGCUGAAGAUCGACAUGCAGAGUAACCGCGUGAAACACGCCGAGUUCCUCACCCUCAUUAAAGGAGGUGCCUCUCUGGAUCUGAAGGCUUGCCCCCAUAAGCCGGCCAAGUGGAUCUUAGACAUAACUUGGCUCAAUCUGGUGGAGCUCAGUAAACUGUGGCAGUUCUCGAAUAUCCUUAAUCAGAUCUGUUGUAAUGAGAAGCAGUGGAAGGCAUGGUUUGAUAAGGAGACCCCUGAGGAGGAGGUGAUCCCUAAUGCCUAUGACCAGAACCUGGACUGUUUCCACCGCCUGCUGCUCAUACGCUCCUGGUGCCCAGACAGGACCAUCGCACAGGCCCGUAAGUACAUCAUGGACUCGAUGGGGGAGAAGUAUGCAGAGGGAGGGAUCCUGGACCUAGAGAAGACGUGGGAGGAGUCAGACCCCCGGACCCCGCUCAUCUGCUUCCUGUCCAUGGGCUCAGACCCCACCGACUCCAUCAUCGUCCUGGGAAAGAGGCUGAAGAUAGAGACGCGCUAUGUCUCCAUGGGCCAGGGACAGGAGGUCCACGCACGCAAGCUGCUCCAGCAGACCAUGGCCAAUGGUGGCUGGGCCUUGCUCCAAAACUGCCACCUGGGCCUGGACUUCAUGGAUGAGCUGAUGGAUACUGUGACAGAGACAGAUGCCGUCCAUGAGACCUUCCGCCUGUGGAUUACUACAGAGGUCCAUAAACACUUCCCCAUCACACUGCUGCAGAUGUCCAACAAGUUCACUAAUGAGCCUCCACAGGGACUGAAGGCAGGGCUGAAGAGGACUUAUGGAGGUGGGUCACACCACGACCUGCUGGAUGUCAGUAACAUGGUCCAGUGGAGGCCCAUGCUGUAUGGGGUGGUGUUCCUCCACUCUACGGUCCAGGAGAGGCGUAAAUACGGCCCCCUGGGCUGGAACAUUCCCUACGAGUUCAACCAGGCUGACUUCAACGCCACCGUGCAGUUUGUUCAGAACCACCUGGACGACAUGGACAUCAAGAAGGGUGUAUCCUGGAAUACAGUGCGCUACAUGAUCGGAGAGAUCCAGUAUGGCGGUAGGGUGACAGACGACUAUGACAAGCGUCUGCUCAACACCUUCGCCAAGGUCUGGUUCAGUGAAAACAUGUUUGGACCUGAUUUCUAUUUCUACAAAGGCUACAGCAUUCCCAAGUGUACCAACGUGGACCAAUAUCUGACAUACAUUCAGGGCCUACCGGCUUACGACACACCAGAGGUGUUUGGCCUGCACCCCAAUGCUGACAUAACGUAUCAGAGCAAGCUGGCCAAAGAUGUCCUGGACACCAUCCUGUCCAUUCAGCCUAAGGACAGCUCCAGUGGCGGAGGGGAGACCAGGGAGGCCAUUGUGGCCAGGCUGGCUGACGACAUGCUGGAGAAACUACCUCCAGACUACGUACCGUUUGAAGUGAGAGAGAGGCUACAGACGAUGGGUCUGCUCCAGCCCAUGAACAUCUUCCUGCGUCAGGAGAUAGACCGCAUGCAGAGGGUCAUCGUGCUGGUCAGGAACACGCUGACCGACCUCAAACUGGCCAUCGACGGCACCAUCAUCACGAGUGAGAACCUACGGGACGCGCUGGACUGCAUGUAUGACGCACGCAUCCCCUCACGUUGGAAUAAGGCGUCAUGGGCCUCCAGCACUCUAGGGUUCUGGUUUACUGAGUUGCUGGAUAGGAACCGGCAGUUCCAGGCGUGGAUCUUUGAAGGACGGCCCAACUGUUUCUGGAUGACAGGGUUCUUUAACCCACAGGGCUUCCUGACCGCCAUGAGACAGGAGAUCACUCGUGCAAACAAGGGCUGGGCCCUAGAUCGUAUGGUGCUGUGCAACGAGGUGACCAAGUGGAUGAAGGAUGACAUAACCCAGCCGCCCUCUGAGGGGGUGUAUGUGUAUGGCCUCUAUCUGGAGGGGGCGGGCUGGGACAGGAGGAACUGCAAACUCAUCGACUCUAAGCCCAAAGUGUUGUUUGAGAUGAUGCCUGUAGUCAGGAUGUAUGCUGAAAACAAUGGUGUCAAGCAUGCCCAGUUAUACUCCUGUCCCAUAUAUAAGAAGCCUGUAAGGAUGGACCUGAAUUACAUUGCUGCUGUGGAACUGAGGACUGCUGCACCGCCUGAGUACUGGAUACUACGUGGUGUGGCACUGCUGUGUGAAGUCAAAUAACCCACUUCUAUAUUGUAUAAUAAACCUAAAUCUUGAAGUGGAGUGUUUCAGUGGUUAAAGGGGCAAUCUGCAGUUCAAACAACAACAAAGUUGCCACCCCAUCAUUGUUUUGUUAAACAGCUGAGGGAUGUGGCUGGAGAAAUGGAACCUUUAAGGAUUAAAUGAGGGAAGUGGCUUCAUUUCGAUUAUAGUGGUAAGCUUCCGUAAUAACAAAGUUGCACCUAUCACUGGGUUGCAGGAAUAAUAGAAAAAUAAAG